UUAGACUUUCGGCUCCUCCUCAAAUAUCCUUCGCCUUUAAACCCCACCUGCCAGUGGGCACCUAAUGCCUUGUCCAAAUAUAAAAACAAAAUAAAAUCCCAAAACUGACAGCCUCACUGGUGGCGUAAUCCUAGCUGUCAAAACUGAGCCAAGUUGUUAUUAUAAUAACACACGUUACUGGGCCGUGUCGUUUAUUUGCAGCGGUUUGAGCUACCAGUCUAUAAAAAAUAGUCUCUAUAGAAAUUGUCGGCCUAAUUAGAUCCCUGCGAGGAAGGGUUGCCAACUAUUACAAACCGAGUUGUCAAACUUCGUAAAAGUUAUCAAACUUCGGAUAUUCUCUGCGAUUUAGCCUUAAACGUUAAUCAUCAAGGAAUUAUCAAUUUCAUUCCGUCCGUGACUAUCCCCGAUAGUUGAAGUGCGCGUCGGGUAGUUAAAAAUCUUAAAGCUAGUUAAAACUUAAAACUAGUUAAAACUUAGAAGGCUAAUAGUACGGUUUUGUGAAUUAGUACGAUUUGUAGUACGGUUAGUAAGAAAAUGUGGUUUAAAAGAAGAAAGGUGAAUAAUGCGCUUUUGUUAACAGGUUACUUCAAUAGAACCAUUCAACUAGAGGUUAAUUCGCCCUUAACAAAAGGAAUUCUCAAGAAAAGGUAGGACUGUGAAAGAAUUUGUGAAGUGGUGCAGGAAGAGAGACGGUGACAUUUAGGUGUACUAAUCCCGGAAAUAGGUCCACUUCUGGGCCUUUUCUUUUUUACCUUCGGUGUAAAACCCGGAGGGCUCUAUUUCGUGUUCUCGCAGGACCGUCCACGUACAUCAGGUCGCUUUACGUUGGUUCGUCGGUCACGACCCACGCUAAACCGUCGCCAUCCUGAAAGCCACGGACAAAAGGAAUCCAACAAUAGCCUAUUCACUGUGACGCCGGGUGGAACAAUAGACCGUCCCCGGCUACGCCAUUUUGGGGAUUGGUUGCCCACCUACCCUACUGGAGUCAAGAAGCUCGCCGUAGUGUCCCAUCGUACCCCGGCGGUCACCUCGAAUUGCAGAUUGCCCUGCCAACCCCGAAGAAAGUUGCCCGCUGUCGACCGAGUAAAGGUCAUACGGGUGAAGUACUGUUAGAAGCCCCCCACAAUACCGGCCGAGGGCCCUCCGAUGCAUGCAUGCCACCGUGAACCACCAAGCUAGCCACCGAUCCGCACCACCGCUGUCCACGCCACCACCGUCUGCACCACCGCCGUCCACCGUUCCGAUGUAAAAGCGCAAGUACACCUUAUUAUUAAUGUCACCUUUCUCUCAUUAGGGUCCCAAUAUGGGCCGAAUAAAUGUAGAUGUAAGAUUGUAAAAUUGGUGGUUGAUUUCUACUAGAAAACCCCGCAUUUAACAUAUAUACGCCCUUUUUGAAUAUUGGUCGUUUCCCGUGCCCAAAAAGGGGGCUUUCAUACCUCGAUCUGGGUAGUCCGCUGGUUGAAAUACGAUUUUACCUUGUUUUGGUUAACUUUGAUCGCAUAACGUUGUUGGUUUCCUCCCCCUCAUACGGAUUUGACAGCUGACCACUAAAAUCCUGCUCCUGCUAAAGGUGAGUGACCAGUCGUGCUUAUGUAACGGUGCUAUUAGAAAUAAGCGACCCCGUGCUCGAAUACUUCCCACCCACUAUUUUCCCACUGAGCAGCCGAGGGGCUACAAAAUUGGCGCCCAACAAAAAAUCAUUGUAAUAGCAUUCGUUCAUUGACAAGAAUUUCAGAAAUCCCUGUAUAGAGGGGAACCAAACAAUUCUUGUUUAUUUUGGUUUCGUUCUCCAAACGAAAAUGGAUUUAGAGUUCGAGGUGCAAUAUAAACAGCUAAUGGUGCAUCAUUUGGAGAGGCACGAAAUUGAAUACGAGUUGGCCAUUAGAGCCGUGCAGUUUGAACCCUCAGAGUCUCGAUCGGCAAUCCAAAGGAGACUCAGGGAUCGUUUGAAGGAAGAAAAAGGACUGAAUACUUUAGAUGUUGAUUUUCUUAGGUUCGAUAAAACGGUAGAUGCAGAGAUCAAAACAAUUGAUGCGAAUGUUGAACAAAUUCGAGAAUACCUUGAGAAUGAAGUGCGAUUCGAAGGAUUUAAGGACAGCUUGAAGACCCGGCUCGUGCAUUAUUUUGCUCGGGUUCGCCGUGCUCAGGAAUAUGCUGAGGCGGACGAGGAUCUUACAGAUUUCGACAAGCUCCUCUGUUCAAUUCGAGGGCUUAUGAACACCCAUUUUUCGAUAUUUUCGCCGAUUCAAUCGUUUAGGGAAGAAGUUAUGCAGGAGAUCGUACGGUCGGUAUCAAAUUUGAAGUUGGGAGCAGUUCCGAAAAACAAUAAAUCUAAGAAAGGAGAAAAGGCAGAUCAAAGCCACUCAAAAUCUCCCGAAGGUCAAGGCCUGGAUCUUAGUGCCUCGGAGAGAGAGGACAGAGAGUUAGGGGCAGUCGCUCGUCAGGAAUCUUCGCGUCGCGUUUUGAAGUCGUACAGAAAAUCCGGAAGAGAAGUUGGAUCAAUGUCAGAGGUGCUCGCCUCAUUGUAUCCGUUCGUGCAGCCGCCUCACGCAUAUGGUGGGCCUCGUAAAGAUGUUAGUCAAGACUCGAACCAGUCGGAAAAAGUCAUUCGUAAAUUCUCGCUUAGUCAUCGGUCAAAGUCAAGGCCAAGUCCAGCGGCCGAGACAUCGGAUUCAGUUGUAGAGUCUGAUCCGCCGAGUAGUGCGUCGUCAUCGGAACCACCGGUAGAGAGACAUCGGGCGAAUCGUCACCGCCGCCGUGCACCACCUAAGAGUAGGCCGGUUUCGGAGUGGAACAUUAAAUAUGACGGAAGAGACCAAGGUCAAACCCUCAUGAAGUUCAUUAAAGAAGUUGAUUUUUAUGCAAAGUCCGAGAACGUGUCGAAGCGCGAACUUUUCCGAUCCGCGAUCCAUUUAUUUAAAGAUCAAGCCAAGUCGUGGUUCAUGUCCGGCGUAGAAAACGAGGAUUUCGCGAAUUGGGAUGAACUCGUAGCGGAACUCAAACGAGAGUUCCUUAGUCCCGAUCAUGAUCACGUGAACGAGAUUAAAGCGAUAUCGCGGAAACAAGGGCCCAAGGAACGUUUUUCUGAUUACCUUUCCGAGUUACAAAAGAUUUUCAACUCUCUCACGAAACCGAUUUCAGAGAAAAAGAAGUUUGAAAUUGUUUAUCGCAACUUACGGUCGGAUUACAAGGGUCACGCGGUUGCGUCGAAUAUUGACAAUCUGGCAGACCUGAAAAGGUUUGGCAGACAGUUAGAUUCGACAUAUUGGUACAAAUAUACCCCCAAUAAUCAAGAUCAGGUCGCGUCGCGAAACAAAGCACAGGUUAACGAGGUUCGUGAGUCCAGAUACCAACCAAAACCGCCGGGAGAGGAUCAGAAGAAGUCGUUCAAGUCCCGAAGCUUCUAUCGGUCGCGAAAAGAAGGGUCAGGAGAAGAAGACCAACCCAUGAAAAAGUCGUCGCGUGAAAAUCCCAGGAACUUAACGUCAGAAGCGAAAAACCCAGAAGAACCCAGACUAUCGCGAGCUUGGGUCGAUAGGUAUGUGCCUCCUGAAGAAGGCACAUGUUUCAAUUGCAGACGCCAGGGGCACGAUCAUACCCAAUGCACCUAUUAUCGUAACAAGUUCUGCCUAAGAUGCGGGUUGCAUCAGGUUGAAACUAAAAAUUGCCCGUAUUGUGCAAAAAACUUCAAAUAGACUACCUGAGAGGGCAGGUCAGUCCACCCAAUGUCAAAAAUCCCUCAUCCCCAACCAUACAAGACAGUCUUCAUCACUCUGGCUAUAGCCGAGUACACGAAUCCGAUUAUAGUACCCCUGUAGAAACCCACCUUGAUGAACUGUUCGUACGGGUCGAUAAUGACGAUAGACCAUUUGUACAAAUUUCCGUAUUCGACGUCCCAAUUACUGGACUGCUCGAUAGUGGAGCCCACCGAAGCAUAUUAGGUUUAGGAGCGACAAAGCUCAUUAAAAAGUUCAAAUUGAAAGUUUUCCCAACCAGUGUCGAGCUAGUAACGGCCAGUGGUCAGAAACUAGAGGUCACUGGAUACGUGAACCUGCCCAUUUACUUUAACGGCCAGUCCAAACUGAUUGCUACGUUGAUCGUACCAAAUCUUAAAAGAAGGCUUCUUCUAGGUACUGAUUUCUGGAAGGCCUUCAACAUAGUCCCAACUGUCCAAUCAGUUGUGGUAGAAGAACUAGACGAAACGGUGGAAGAAAGCUCAUUAUCGAACGACCAGCUCCAAGAACUGGAAACGGUCAAAGAACAGUUCAAAAUUGCCAUAGAUGGUCAAUUAGACACCACACCAUUGAUUGCCCACCGCAUUGAGCUUACCGAGGAGGCCAAACGGUUGGCCCCAGUUCGGAUUAAUCCAUUCCCAACAUCUCCAAAACGGCAAGAACAAAUCAAUAAAGAACUCGAUAACAUGCUCGAAGCGGGUAUCAUUGAACGGUCCUACAGUAGCUGGGCACUGAGGCUAGUCCCUGUGGACAAACCGGAUGAAACCGUGCGACUGUGCCUUGAUGCACGAAAAUUGAAUGAGCGCACCCUCAGAGACUCAUACCCACUUCCCC